UUUCUGUCAAUCUGCGAUCAAAGGGAAAACGCGGCGUCGGUGACUCGUCUCGACUCGGACGAUUCGAUAUGACGAGUUGAAAAACUUUCCAAAUAAUGUCGGGGAGAAUUUCUUGAGGAGAAUUGGUGGUAUAUAAAGCGAGCAGAAGCGUUCUGUAUAUUGAGUGGGGAGGAUUAUAGGGGUAGAGAGAGGAAGACAGAGAAGGAAAUGGGGGAUUGAAGCGACUCGGUGUCGGUGGAUAUGGAGUCCUUCUCUUAUGGGGGAAAGGAGUACCUUGUGAAAACCUGUUACGGUGCUGUUUCUGUUACUGUGGUCGGAGACCAGGACAAGCCGGCUCUAAUUACUUAUCCUGAUUUAGCUCUAAAUCAUAUGUUCUGCUUCCAAGGAUUAAUGUUUUGUCCGGAAGCUUGUUCGUUAUUGCUUCACAACUUCUGCAUAUAUCAUAUCAGUCCUCCUGGUCAUGAGUUAGGAGCUGCUGCAAUUUGCCCUGAUGAUCCUAUACUUUCUGCAGAUGACUUAGCAGAUCAAAUUGCUGAAGUUCUAAACUAUUUUGGACUUAGUGCUGUGAUGUGUAUGGGGGUCACUGCUGGAGCGUACAUUCUUACUCUAUUUGCUAUGAAGCAUAGGCAUCGUGUCCAUGGUUUGAUAUUGAUCUCUCCCAUAUGUAGAGCACCCUGUUGGACAGAAUGGUUGUAUAGCAAGGUGAUGUCAAAUUUGCUUUAUUUCUAUGGCAUGUGUGGGGUAGUGAAAGAGUUGUUACUAAAGCGGUAUUUUAGCAAGGAAGCUCGUGGUUGUUCUCAAGUACCGGAGUCUGAUUUAGUUCAAGCAUGCAGAAGAUCGCUUGUUGAGAGGCAAAGCUCAAAUGUCUGGAGGUUUCUUGAAGCAAUGAAUGGGAGACCCGACAUUUCAGAAGGAUUGCGAAAACUAAAGUGCCGUUCAUUGAUAUUUGUUGGGGAUAGGUCUCCUUUUCAUUCGGAGGCUCUCCACAUGACUGUAAAAUUAGACAGAAGAUACAGUGCCCUUGUGGAAGUUCAGUCAUGCGGGUCAAUGGUGACGGAGGAGCAGCCUGAUGCAAUGUUGAUACCUAUGGAGUAUUUUCUCACGGGAUAUGGCAUGUAUAGGCCAUCUCAUUUUAGCGUCAGCCCAAGAAGCCCUUUGAGUCCUUCUUGCAUUGCUCCAGAGCUUCUGUCGCCAGAAAGUAUGGGCUUGAAGUUGAAGCCAAUAAAAACAAGAAUCUCCUUGGAAGUCUGAAAGACGAAGAAAGGAGGCAGAAAGAAAAUAAAGAUCGCUUUUUGUAUCCAUAUGUACUUUGAGGAGUUGGACAGUUUUUGGUUAUUUCUUUGAUUAGUUCAUAAAUGAGAGGUGUGGGGGUGUAGAUAAAGAAGGAAAGAGGAUAACUGAUAGUGAAAACUUCUAGGCAGAAAGCAGAAUUUGUCAUUCUUUCAUUUGUAAUCAAAAGAAUUAGUUGAGAAGGGGUGUUAUCUGUAAAUCUAAGAAUAAUUUAUUUCCAAUAAAUAAAUAGUGCUUUAAGAACGAAAA